AUGAGUCCAUUUCAUGCCUUGUAUGGCUAUGUACCUCCUCACCUAGAUUUUCCCUCCACUUCCAUUACUUCUGUUGGAGCUGUAGAAGAGUAUAUGAAAUCCAGAGAUGCAGUUCUGGACAUUUUGAAGCAUUCUCUACACCAAUCCCAGGAGAGGAUGAAAUUUUUUACAGAUCUCAAAAGGACUGAAAGACAAUUUGAUGUGGAGGAUAAUGUCUACCUCAAACUUGAGCCUUAUAGGCAAUCUUCUGUCUCCUUGAGAAUAAACCUCAAACUUGCUGCUAAGUACUAUGGACCUUACAGUGUCUUGCAGAAGAUUGGGUUAGCAUCUUAUAAACCGCAACUGCCUGCUGAAGCCAGAAUACACCCAGUCUUUCAUGUUUCCCAGCUGAAGAAACAGACAGGUGUAAGUCACACUCAUUCCCCUACUCUGCCUACCUUAGAAACUGAGGGCCAAAUCUUGGUCAUACCUGCAGCUGUGUUGGACUCAAGAACUAUCACCAGGAAUGGGAGUGAUGUACCUCAACUACUUCUUCAAUGGACAAAUGCUUCAACCGAGGAUGCUACUUGGGAGGAUACCAGCUACAUCAACCAUCAUUUUCGCAGCUUCAAUCCUUGA